UCGUUUUAAGUUCAUUUUCUCCCUUCCCACAAGCCAAAACCCUAAACAAUGGCAGCAGCUGCCGCCGCCGCUGCACGUCCUCUGGUCUCCGUCCAAACCAUAGAUUCUGACAUGGCCACUGACUCCACCCAAACCGUCCCACUCGCCGAUGUCAUGAAAGCCUCGAUCCGACCCGACAUUGUCACCUUCGUCCACGACAACAUCUCCAAAAACCGCCGCCAACCCUAUGCAGUCUCCAAACGCGCCGGUCACCAGACCUCUGCCGAAUCCUGGGGCACAGGCCGCGCUGUCUCUCGCAUCCCCCGUGUUCCCGGCGGAGGUACUCACCGUGCUGGUCAAGGUGCUUUCGGAAACAUGUGUCGUGGAGGCCGCAUGUUUGCUCCGACCAAGAUUUGGCGCCGCUGGCACCGGAAAAUCAACGUUAACCAGAAGCGCUAUGCCGUUGCUUCGGCGAUCGCUGCCUCUGCCGUAACCUCCCUCGUCAUGGCACGUGGCCACCGCAUCGAGGCCGUACCGGAGAUGCCUCUGGUCAUAUCUAACGCCGUGGAGAGCGUUGAGAAAACCUCUGCCGCAAUUAAGGUUUUGAAACAGGUUGGGGCAUAUCCCGACGUGGAAAAGGCUAAGGACAGCGUUGGAAUCCGACCCGGGAAAGGGAAAAUGAGAAACCGGAGGUACAUUUCCCGUAAAGGUCCAUUGAUUGUUUAUGGAACAGAGGGGGCAAAGCUCGUUAAGGCCUUUCGUAACAUUCCUGGAGUCGAGGUUGCCAAUGUAGAGAGACUUAAUCUAUUGAAACUCGCUCCUGGAGGACACCUUGGAAGGUUCAUUAUAUGGACCAAAUCGGCUUACGAGAAGCUGGAUUCGAUUUAUGGGUCAUUUGAGAAGCCUUCCGAGAAGAAGAAACGGUACAUCUUGCCUCGUUCUAAGAUGGUGAAUGCGGAUCUCGGUAGGAUAAUUAACUCCGAUGAGGUGCAGUCCGUGGUGAAGCCAAUUAAAAAGGAGAUCAAGAGGGCACCAUUGAAGAAGAAUCCUCUUAAGAACUUGAAUGCUAUGCUGAAGUUGAACCCAUAUGCAAAGACAGCAAGGAGGAUGGCUCUUUUGGCUGAGGCACAACGUGUUAAGGCUAAGAAGGAGAAGCUUGACAAGAAGAGGAAGCCCGUGUCUAAGGAGGAGGCAACAGCAAUCAAGUCAGCAGGCAAAGCAUGGUAUAAGACUAUGAUCUCGGACAGUGAUUACACUGAGUUUGAGAACUUCUCCAAGUGGUUGGGUGUAUCGCAGUGAUUUAGCUUUUGGCUUUAGAAAUUAUGAAGGUCGGCAUCAGUUUUGGUUUGGUAUUAACAUUUUUAUUUGUAUUUGCUGUUUCAAUUUUGUGCAAGAGAAAGGGUGGGAAUGGCAUGCUCCUGUGCCGUGCUCUUUUGGCCUCCACCCUGCGACAGUGAGAAUAGUUACUAUUAAAAUGAGUAAAAGAACUGAAUAUGAGAAUAGUUUCUAUUAAAAUGAGAAAGAAUUGAAUAGCUUAAAAAGCAUGUUCAGUCUUUAUGUUAUUGAAAUGUUUUGCAGUGCCCGUCUCUUUGAUUCA